AAGAUAGGGAGGGAGCUGAGCUUUUUAAACCGACUCAAAUCGGCAGGCUAUAUAUAUCACACUUCCCGUAUCAGCUAAUCCAUUGUUUUGGGUAUUUUGCAAUAAAAUCAGAUUCUGCAAGUUAUGGGCAAAGGAGAGCAGAUAAGUUCAUCUUCUUUGAUCAAACCUCUCAUAAAUGGUAAUGAUGCUGCUGAUGAACAUUUAAAAGGUGUUAUUACAAAACAGGAUAUUGUAGAGGAAGUGAAGAAGCAGCUGUGGCUAGCUGGACCACUCAUUUGUGUUAGUCUUUUGCAGUCAUGUUUGCAGUUGAUUUCUGUUAUGUUUGUUGGACAUCUCGGAGAGUUGGCUCUUUCUGGUGCUUCUAUGGCUACUUCCUUCGCUUCUGUUACUGGUUUCAGCUUAUUGAUGGGAAUGUCGUGUGCCAUGGAGACGUUUUGUGGCCAGUCCUAUGGAGCAAAGCAGUACCAUAUGCUUGGCAUACAUAUGCAGAGAGCUAUGUUUGUUCUUUUGCUUGUUAGUGUUCCCUUGGCUUUUAUUUGGGCUAAUACCGGCAUCAUUCUCAAAGCCUUGGGUCAAGAUCCAGCUAUAUCAGCAGAAGCUGGCCGCUAUGCUCAGUACAUGAUCCCCUGCCUAUUUGCAUAUGCCCUUCUUCAGUGUCAUGUUAGAUUUUUACAAACACAGAACAUAGUAUUUCCGAUGAUGGUGAGCUCAGGGAUCACAACUCUGCUACAUAUUUUCCUCUGUUGGAUUUUGGUGUUCAAGUCUGGCCUAGGUAGCAGGGGAGCCGCUUUGGCCAAUUCUAUAUCUUAUUGGAUAAAUGUUGUGCUGUUGGCACUUUAUGUGAGGUUUUCUUCAUCUUGUGCAAAAACCUGGACCGGAUUUUCGAAGGAAUCCCUUCAAAAUAUUCCAACUUUUAUUAGACUUGCAGUUCCUUCAGCUGUUAUGGUCUGCUUGGAAAUGUGGUCGUUUGAAAUGUUGGUUCUACUCUCUGGUCUUCUUCCUAAUCCGCAGCUAGAGACUUCAGUACUCUCAGUCAGCCUCAAUACUGCUGCAAACUGUUGGAUGAUACCAUUUGGACUCAGUGCCUCUGUGAGCACAAGGGUCUCGAAUGAAUUGGGCGCAGGUCAUCCGCAAACUGCACGAUUGGCGGUUUACGUGGUCUUUGUGAUGGCUAUUGCAGAGGGUAUUAUGGUUGGAGUACUUUUAUUGUUGAUUCGUAAUAUUUGGGGAUAUGCUUACAGCAAUGAAGUAGAAGUUGUCAGAUACGUAGCGAUCAUGAUUCCCAUUCUUGCAACUUCAAACUUCUUUGAUGGCAUUCAGUGUGUGCUUUCAGGGGUUGUUAGAGGAUGUGGUUUCCAGAAAAUUGGUGCAUAUAUAAAUCUGGGAGCAUAUUAUCUUGUGGGUCUUCCUUGUGGUGUUCUGUUCGCAUUUGUUCUACAUGUUGGGGGACAGGGGCUCUGGUGGGGGAUCCUCUGCGCAUUAGUAGUUCAAGUGUUCUUCCUUCUUGUUGUCACGGCUCGUAUCAACUGGAAUGAAGAAGCAAAGAAGGCGGAACAUAGAGUUCAUGAUUCUGCGAUCCCUGUUGAAUUUAUCUCGUAAAGCAGAAGCUGUCUGAUUGAAAUUUUGUAUUGCUUUUGUAUCAAAAUCUAACAAUGAGAAGAAUCUAAUUAUUUGAGAAAAUAAUCUACCUUAAUAAGCUCAACAGGCUUGAUGUACAUGAAGUUUUAAAUUGUUGAAUCCGAAGUGGAUAUUGCAGAUAGGA